AUGGCGAAGGCAAUCACCCACGCCGAUCUCACCCCGAGCCCCCAUGGAGUUGAACUCGGCAGCAAAACCGGGGCCUUUCUCAUGAUUUUCUCUAUACUCCUUAGUCUCUCGUGCUUCAUCCUUUGUCUCAUAGCCGAAGCCAACCGUUCAGAGAUGACAUGGGUGAGUACUCUUGACGAGAAAAUUCAUGAAUGUAAAUAUACGGGGAGUGGAAAAACAACUUUGAUAACUGCGGGCGGGGCUUUCGUUGAGUUAGCGAUAGCCGUGUCGAUUCAACACGGCUAUCUCAUGGCAGCACUUAGCAAAUCUACUUCCAUUGAUAGUGCGUCCGCGUGGGAUCCAAUUUCGACUUCGGCCAAGUCUCUUACAUGGCAGGCUUGUUUCUUCUUCGUAUCAACUUGGAUUUCUUUUAUUGUUGGAGAGAUUUUGCUUUUGAUAGGCAUAAGCAUCGAGUCUGACCACGUAAAGAAUUGGACCGGGCCGAGGUUAAGAUGUCUAACUGUCCGGCCCGGUCUAUUUGCUACCGCGGGUAUAUUUGGUCUAACCACUGUUUUUCUAGCGGUUGGAUUAUACAUAACGGCUCUUCGAGCUUUGACAUUUUUUAAAGAAGACGCUAGAAUUCGCCGCGAUAUUCUACAUGCCGCCUCUCUCUAUUUGACUCCUCCUCGAUCACCGAUUCCUCGGUCGGAAAUCACAACCAUGCCAAAUGAGAGUCCGGUAAUAAGAAAUAUGUAUUCAACCGGAAGACCCUUAUCCGAAUAUUUAUCAUUUUUUGGAAAGCCCAACACAAAUAUUCAAGUUUAAGCCAAAGAAAUGUAAGGAGGAAAAAUGUAAGAAAGACAAG